AUGAAGCGUCUGCAGGAACUCCUGCUCUCCCUGCUGCUGGUGACGCACCCGCCGGCCAUCGCCAAUUAUUUCUGGAAUCGGAUCGAGGGAGGAGCUGAAGCCAAGGCCCACUCCAGACCCUACAUGGCCUAUCUGCAGGGAAGGAACAACCACUUCUGCGGAGGCUUCCUAGUGGCCCCAAACUGGGUGAUGACAGCAGCUCAGUGUUUCAACCACAAACCUCUGACUGUCAUCCUUGGAGCCCACAACAUCCAGAAGAAAGAGGAAAGCUGGCAAACAUUUGAAGUCCAAACGUAUCAUCGCCACCCAGACUUCACCCUUCCUCAGAAGGGAAACGACAUCCUCUUGCUGAAGCUGAAAGGCAAUGCCACCAGCAAUAGCUAUGUUAAGACCAUUUCCUUCCAAAAACAAAAAGCCCGUGGAUGGUCUGUAUGCAGCAUAGCUGGCUGGGGCCACGAGACACCGGCUGCCACGCUCCGUGAAGCCAAAGUCACCAUCCUCAAACCAAGGGACUGCCUAAACUUAUACCCCGGGCUUGCUAACAACUUGAUCUGUGCCCGCAGUGGAUCCACUGGAGCUCUCGAAAAGGGCGAUAUUGGGGGCCCACUCGUCUGCAACAACAAAGCCUACGGUAUCUUCUCCUAUGGGUAUGGCAAUUGGCCUGGUUUCUACACAUACAUUGCUGCCUACCUCCCGUGGAUCGGCAGUGUCAUGAAGUCAGCAUGAAUCUACUCUCUCCAUGGCUGCUGUCCUGGAAAACUUGUGUUUCUGGGCCCUACUCUCACCUGCUUCCCCUUCUCUCCCCGCUCCCCCACUCUUUCUCCCUGGGCAACAUCUUUCACUGAUCCUCAUGGACGCAGCAAGGACUUCUCUCCAGCUAAGGCAAGCUGUGGCAGCGGUGGGCUCGGUGCAGGGUUUGCACCUCGAUUGCAUUUGUUCCCUGCAUCAGCUGCGGGGUGCCCAUUUCCCCAGCACACGCUCCCACACGUCACUGCUCCGGUGCCCCCCCGUCAAGCUGCUUGCGGCACAGCUCUGGAAAGGAAGCAGCAGGGCAGCUGAGCCCUGGGGAUACCUGCUGCCCUUGGGGGAAGGUAGCACAGUUAGACCGGACUAGAUGAGCCCCAGCUGCCUGGGUCUCCUUUGCUGGUGCCCUGAGGUUAGAGGGCUGCCCCCAGCUCCGAGGGGGAACUUCCAGCUUCUGUUUCACUACUGCUGCUGUCCCCUACCUCUGAGACUUGCUUCCUCAUUUCUCCCCUCUCGCUGUAGUCCAGUGUUGCAAGAA